AUGAACACUCCGUACUGUUGGGAGCUUGAAAUCCGCAAUGUGCAGCUAUCUGAUAGCGGCUCGUACAUGUGCCACGUCAACGCAAAUCAGCAGCCAUCUGUCAAUUAUACUAUAGAGUUCCAAGUCAAAGCUCCAAGAACUAUUCAAAACCUAACGAUCGUAACAAAUGAUAACUCCGCUAACGUUAGCUGGGAUGUACAGCAGGGACCACAGCUGAAGAUAGGACUCAGGCUGGUACGUAGGACGGGACUGAAUGGGCAAGAGGUCUUCUCACAAAUGAACGCCAUUUCACCAGUGACCAUCACCAAUCUCCGAGCUGCGACACCUUAUAAGCUGUUUGUAACUGUGAAUGAUAGCCAGACGGAUCCAUUCGAGAUCACGGAGCUUUUCAAUACGGCUGAAAGUAGUGAGUGUCUUUGGUUUAUCUCUUUUUGAUU